AUGAUUGAUGUCACUCACUUUCCGUAUUGGACUACCAAAACAGGAAUUAUUGUAUAUCUGAAGAAAAAAGAAGGCAAAGCAGCGCUAGCUCGUGUGACAGCGUAUGGAAUGGAGAGAUCUGGAAUGCUAUACGCAAAACAAUGCAGACACGGUCUUGACUUAUCAAAAACACGGCUAUCAGAAUUUGUAAAUCUAAAAUUAGCUCCAAUCCCAGCUGGUUGGAUGAUAGGAACAAAUUAUAUAGUCCCACCCGGAGGAUCAUAUAGACUCGGAACAGAAAUUAUGGCUAAAGAAGGAUCUCAAAUCUUAGCCUGUGCUGAACCGUUCACUGAAAAAUGGCGCUGGUUAACGAAGACAGGACUUCCGAAAGUAUUUCCAAUUGAUAAAGAUUAUACGUUGAAGGAGAUGAAGUUAGCUGAAGACAUAAUCGCAGCAGCUUUAAUCACUGCAGCAGAAAAUGAAGAGGUUGGUAGAAUGGAAACCAGUUAUUUUGGAGUAGUUAAACCAAUUGAAGAUGAAAAGAAGAGAACAUUCACGAUUAACCACAUACACGAACAAAAAGCCCACAUAGCUAAAGAAGGCAUUUGCUAA